CUCCGCCUCCGAGCAGCGCCUCGCCGUCAACGCGCUGCUGCAGCGGCUGCUGCCCGCCCACUGGCACCUCUUCGCCCUGGACGUGCAGCCCGGCCUGGGGCCGCCGCUGCGCGACACCUUCAAGGUGGUGAAGCAGGCCGGGCGCGUCAACAUCACGGCCUCGAGCGGCGUGGCGGCGGCCUGGGGGCUGCACCACUACCUGACGCAGGUGUGCGCCUGCCAGGUGUCGUGGGACUACGACCAGCUCAACCUGCCAGACCCGCUGCCCGACGUCAACAUCACCGUCACCUCGGUCGAUAGGUACCGCUACUACCAGAAUGUGUGCACGACCAGCUACUCGUUCGUGUGGUGGGACUGGGCGCGCUGGCAGCGCGAGCUGGACUGGAUGGCGCUCAACGGCAUCAACAUGGCGCUCGCCUUCACCGGCCAGGAGGCCGUCUGGGAGCGCGUCUACCUCCAGCUCGGCCUGGACCAGGGCGACGUGGACCGCCACUUCACGGGGCCCGCCUUCCUUGCAUGGCAGCGGAUGGGCAACGUGCGGGGAUGGGCCGGGCCUCUGCGCCCCUCCUGGCACUCGCACUCGCGCGUGCUGCAGCACCGCAUCCUGGCGCGCAUGCGGGAGCUGGGCAUGGUGGCCGUGCUGCCCGCCUUCGCCGGCCACGUCCCGCGGGGCUUCCAGAGGCUGUUCCCCAACUCGUCCACCACCCCGCUGCAGAGGUGGAACCGUUUCCCCGACGAGUACUGCUGCCCCCUCCUGCUGGACCCCACCGACCCCGUCUUCAAGAGGGUGGGCACGCUGUUCAUGCGGGAGCUGAUCGCCGAGUUCGGCACCGACCACGUCUACAACAGCGACACCUUUAACGAGAUGCAGCCGGCGGACGGCCGGCCCGAGUACCUGGCGCAGGUCGGCAAGGCCAUCUUCGACUCCCUCGUGGAGGUCGACCCCAAAGCCGUGUGGAUGAUCCAAAACUGGCUCUUCGUCCACGACGCUCCAUUCUGGACCGACUCGAGGGCCAAGGCGCUGCUAACCUCCGUGCCGACGGGCCGGAUGCUGGUGCUGGACCUGAUGGCCGAGCUGCACCCCCAGUACUUGCGCUUGCAGUCGUACUACGGCCAGCCCUUCAUCUGGUGCAUGCUGCACAACUUCGGCGGCACCCUGGGGCUGUACGGCGCCGUCAACAACGUCAACAGGAACGUGUUCGAGGCCCGCGCCAUGCCCAACAGCACCAUGGUGGGCACGGGGCUGACGAUGGAGGGCACCGGCCAGAACUACGUCAUGUACGACUUCGCCAACGAGUUGGCCUGGCGCGCCGAGCCGGCCAACCUCACCGACUGGUUCUCCCGCUACGCGACCAGGCGGUACGGCGCGUCCAACGCCGCGGCCGACGAGAGCUGGCAACUGCUCAAGGACAGCGUGUACUCCAACGAGGACCCUCUCUACAGCCACCACGGCCGCUUCGUCCUCACGCUGGCGCCGUCACUCGUCCUGGAGGAGCCCGUGUGGUACAGCGUGGAGGCGGUGCGCGACGCGUGGCAGAAGCUGCUGGCGGCGGGGUCGGCGCGCGCCGUGCGCGCCAACGCCAACUACCGCCACGACGUGGUGGACCUGGCGCGCCAGGGCCUGCAGCUGGCCGCCGCCGCCGUGUACAAGCAGGCCGUCAUGGCGUUCAACAAGCGACGCCUGGACGCACUCCGGAAGUGGUCCGCGCAGAUGAUGGAGGUCUUCUCCGACUUGGAGCGCGUGCUGUCCACCGACCAGCUCUUCAUGUUGGGGCCGUGGCUGCGGAACGCCCGGCAGCGCGCCACCACCGAGCUGGAAGAGGCGGUGUACGAGUGGAACGCGCGGAACCAGCUGACGCUGUGGGGCCCGCGGGGAGAGAUCAAGGACUACGCGGCCAAGCAGUGGGCAGGACUGGUGAGCCACUACUACCGGCCGCGCUGGCAGCGCUUCCUGGACGCGCUGGACCGCGCGCUGGCGGAGGGACGGGCCUUCAACCAGACCGCGGUGUCGCACGACAUCUUCGUCAACGUGGAGGAGCCCUUCACCCUGGACCGCGCGGACUUCCCCACCAAGCCGUCGGGAGACGCGUGGGCCGUGUCGCAGGAGCUGUUCGCGCGCUGGAGCCCGCUGCUUACCUCCAAGUCCGUGCUCAAGAAGGGGCAGGCGGCAGCAUGGGCGUCCACCAAGACGCCGCCGCCGGCCGCGUCCUCCAGCCAGACUCCAGCGGCGCACAAGUACACCACGGAGCCCUCCGUGGUCACCGUGCUGUAGACCGCAGCGGAAGCCCCUGUUCUUGCCACAAUACAUUUUUGUACCCGCCAGUGAUUGUAAA